AUGCGUUUUUCAAAUUUCUUCACUAUCUCUGCACUAUUAAUCGGAGCUCUAGGAGCUCCAGCUAUCCGCCAUAAACAUGAAAAACGUGAUGUAGUAACCGCAACGGUUCAUGCGCAAGUCACCGUCGUCGUUUCUGGUAACAGCAAGGAAACAAUUGUCCCACUUAACGAGAAUGUAGUUGUAGCCACCACCAGUAGCGCUGCCAUUGUCUCUCAAACCACAACAUCCAUUUUGGAACCGACAACUUCGGCCAACGUUAUCAUUUCCCAAGAAGAAACCACCACACUUAAGUCUUCGAGCACGGUAUCUCCUGUUGAUUCAUCCACCUCAUCAUCAUCAUCAUCAUCAUCAUCAUCAUCAUCAUCAUCACCUUCUUCUUCAUCUUCAUCAUCAUCAUCUUCUUCUUCAUCUUCAUCUUCACCAUCUUCUUCUUCAUCUUCAUCUUCACCUUCCGCUUCAUCCAGUAUCUCAGCCUCCGGUGCUAAAGGGAUUACUUACAGCCCUUACAACGAUGAUGGUUCGUGUAAGUCCUCUUCUCAAGUCGCCUCAGAACUGAAGCAGUUGACUGGUUUUGACAACAUCAGAUUAUAUGGUGUUGAUUGUAGUCAAGUUGAAAAUGUCUUGCAAGCUAAAACUUCAAGCCAGAAAUUAUUCUUAGGAAUAUAUUACGUUGAUAAAAUUCAAGAAGCUGUUGAUACUAUUAAGUCUGCAAUUGAGUCUUAUGGCUCCUGGGAUGAUGUUACCACUAUUUCUGUAGGUAACGAACUAGUUAAUGAAGGAUCUGCAACUGCCACUCAAGUCGGAGAAUAUAUCUCCACUGCAAAAUCCGCUUUAACUUCUGCUGGUUAUACAGGCUCGAUUGUUUCCGUUGAUACCUUCAUUGCUGUUAUUAACAAUCCUGAUUUGUGUAACUACUCCGACUAUAUGGCUGUGAACGCCCAUGCCUACUUCGAUAAAAAUACUGCUGCUCAAGAUGCUGGAUCUUGGGUGCUUGAACAGAUCGAAAGAGUCUACACUGCUUGUGGCGGUAAAAAAGACGUUGUCAUCACCGAAACUGGUUGGCCAUCCAAGGGGGAUACAUAUGGCGAAGCUGUUCCAUCUAAGGCAAACCAAGAAGCUGCUAUUUCUUCUAUUAAAAGCUCUUGUGGUUCUUCAAGUUACUUAUUCACUGCUUUCAAUGAUUUGUGGAAGGCAGAUGGUCAAUAUGGUGUUGAAAAAUACUGGGGUAUUCUAUCAAGUGAUUGA